GCACGCCGGAGUACCUCGAGUCGACGCAAACUCGCUCAUCGCCAUGGCCGCGCACGCGCCGCACUCGGUCACCAGCCCUAGACUGGCCGCGCCGCUUCUCACCCCGGCAGCGACCGCGCCGAGCCUACGCCGCGCGAGGUGCCCGCGCGGCUACCUCGCCAACCAGCGGCGGCGGAUGCGCCAUCUGCUCCCUGCCGCUGCGGCCGCCAAGCCCGGAGCCAUCGGGAGCACGGCGGAGGCAGCUGAGGCGCCGGCGGAGGGUCUCGCGAGGUCGCUGCAGGGGGUGGAGGUGUUCGACCUUAGCGGGAAGGCGGUGCCCGUCGUUGAUCUGUGGAGGGACAGGAAGGCCGUGGUUGCAUUCGCCCGCCAUUUUGGGUGUGUCCUAUGCCGAAAGAGGGCCGACCUUCUCGCUGCUAAGCAGGAUGCAAUGGAAGCUGCUGGAGUUUCUCUUGUUUUAAUUGGACCAGGCACUGUUGAACAGGCAAAGGCAUUUUCUGAUCAAACCAAAUUCAAAGGAGAAGUAUAUGCAGAUCCAGAUUACUCAUCAUAUAGGGCUCUGGAAUUUGCCAAUGGCUUGUUCUCAACAUUUACUCCAUCGGCGGGCCUGAAGAUUAUACAGCUGUAUAGGGAAGGAUACAGGCAGGACUGGGAACUUUCAUUUGAAAAGAACACUAGGACAAAGGGUGGAUGGUACCAAGGGGGGCUCCUUGUUGCAGGCCCAGGCAUCAACAACAUCUCCUACAUCCACAAGGACAAAGAAGCUGGAGAUGACCCUGAAAUGGAGGAUGUUUUGAAAGCUUGUUGUUCCUAGAUCUAUAGUAUUGCUUUGCUCUCAAAUUAGAAACGAGGAUAAAACAUCUUUAGUAUCACCACUAUGACAUGUUCUUAUAUAGUAUUACUUCCGUUCCUUAAUAUAAGACCUUUUGGCAAACUAAAUUAGUUUGCCAAAACGUCCUAUAUUAUGGAACGGGGGCAGUAGUGAAGUACAUAAUUGACUAGCUAGGUUUUCAGUAAAAAAAAAGCCUCAACAACACCUGAAAUGUAAUGGACAAAGUUUUGCCUUGUGAAAGCAAAGCCACGUAUAUUCAUGACCA